GAAGAAUUGUAAUCAUGUCGAAAUUUAUUUCUUCUAAAAUUUUCUUACAAACCAAUCGUUGUUGUUUUGGAUCUUCGUUUAAUUUUCAUUUAUUAACACAAACAAAUAACAUUUAUAACAACAGAUUGCGCGCAUUCGAACGCACGAAACAUACGAGCCUAUACAAAAAUGAAAAAGAAAAAUUCCGAACAUUUGUUGUACAAAGAUACAUACAAUAUGUAAAUAAUUACACUAAAGUAUUAGAAAAUAGAUUCCCAGCGGCUAUGAGAGUAUACAGAGUAUUUAGUGUAGGUAUAAAAGAUUUUUUGAGGGACUUAAAGUCAUACAUAUCUUUGAGAAUUAAAUAUUCUAAAGAUAAAGGUUUCAAAAAUAUGACUAGACAAGACAUAGAGCUUUAUUAUAAAAUGCCUUCUGAUAUGUGGAGGAUAGCGCCAGUAUUAAUUCUCUCUGCUAUACCAUUUGGAAACUAUAUUAUAUUUCCAUUAGCAUUUCUUAAACCGAGAAAACUGUUGUGCUCCCAUUUUUGGUCUAUACAACAAAGACUUGAGUUCUCUACGCUGGACUUACAAGAAAGGUUAAGACACAACCGACCAGUCUUCCGAAGUCUUCAAAAGAAAAUGGAGAGCCUACCUGACAGUGAGGUUAAAAGAAAAUGGCAAAGGGUGAUUGCUUUGUUGGGAUCAGGAGUCCACCCUACUCCAAAGGAAGUACUCGAUUGUAAAGAGCUAUUCACCAAAGAACCAUUUAGUUUAAAUAGUUUAACAUAUAAUCAUAUGGGUCAUUUACUUAAAAUGCAUGGAAUUAAAUCAACUUUCUUUAGAAGAAAGAAACUAAGGUUUAGAGCGUUUAUAUUAUUAGAGUUGGAUAAAGCUAUAAUAAAAGAAGGCGGUGUGGAUAUUUUAACGAUGGAGAGCUUAAGAAAUGCAUGUCUUAUGAGAGGUUUAAAUGGUAGCCACCUAAGCAACCACGACAUGAGAGUUUGGCUCCAGCAGUGGUUAAAUGUGUCGCAACAAAUCGACUACAGUUGUUCGGCUUUAUUGUUACACUGUCCUAUAUUCUUUGCUUACAAUCAUCCUCAGAACUGGGUGCUUAUAUAUUAAAAGGUGCCCACAUAAUAUAGUACCAAUCAUUAUGGUAAGAUGAUUAAAACUUAAGGUAAAAUGGGUUGCAUUGCACCACAGGCAUUGUUAUAGCUGAUACAGUUAAGGUUAAUUUUAGCAUUAAAUUUAACAAUGACCACAGAACUUGACAAAUGUUCCAUACACCAUGAUUUUAUUGUUUACGAUUAUGGUUGACCUAUGAGACACGGAGCGGUCACGCGUAAAAGCAUUCAGUCACAUAAGAGCAAUUAUGACGCGGUCAGAACGCUCCCU